UGGAGGAUGACACUUACCACCUUUCAUGCGAUCCUGCUAUGAACUGUAAGAUUAAGCGCUAAACCAAAAUAUGAAUUCUUUACCACAGUAUGUUACUUUUAAGUUAGCACUACGGAGCGUUGACUUAUUUUGCUAACGUUUUUUAAUGCGUACAGUUGUGCGAACUUAGUCUACCUCAUGUUGAAAGUUGGCACAUCAGUUCACCUCUGUAGGAAUUACGUGAACUUGCACCGAUGUUGCAUUCCUCCACCGGUCUACUGAGAUUCGCCGUUCAGUUUAUUUCUCGGUCUCACUGGAGUCCAGGGAUUGUAUGGUGUCCAUGCAGGAAUGUGUAUGUGAAAACAGGGGGAUGGAAAACCAAGAAAGUUCCUCAGCGCUACCUGGGCCAGCCGAGCCCGUACACACACCCUCACCUCAUCGCACAUGGUGAGGUAACCCCAGGUCUUACCCAGACAGAAUAUGAGUUGCGUCGGCAGCGCUUGGCAUCUCUGAUCGAGAUGCAGAAAGAGCGACUGACAGGUUCUGGAAUCUCCUCAAACUCCUCCCACAUCGUCAUCGUCUUAUCACAUCCCAUUCGCUACAUGACCAAUGACAUCCCUUACCCGUUCCAUCAGAACCAGGACUUCCUGUAUCUGACAGGAAUAAUGGAACCAGACAGCGCGCUGGUGAUGUACGGAUCGGGUAAGCCGGACCAGGCCGUGUUGUUCGUCCCCAGGCGAGACCCAGCGCGAGAGCUUUGGGACGGACCACGUUCGGGGAAAGAUGGUGCAGCAGCCCUGACAGGUCUAGAGAGAGUUCACAGCACAGAGGAACUGGGCAUAGUGUUAAAGAGCUUGAAAGGAGAAACAAUAUGGUAUGACAGCUCUCAACCGUGCCACCCGCGGUUACAUCAGACACACGUGCGCCCCCUGUUGGAGGGAGGACCCAUGACGCUGUCUCUCAGACCACUCACUCACUCCCUCAGAGCCAUUAAGAGUCCAGCAGAGGUCGCGCUGAUGAAGGAAGCAGGACGGAUCACCGCCCAGGCAUUUAAGAAGACGAUGGCUAUGUCAAGAGGAGACAUUGACGAGGCACUUCUUUAUGCGAAGUUUGAUUUUGAAUGCCGUGCUCACGGUGCUAACUUUCUGGCAUACCCUCCUGUGGUUGCCGGUGGAAACCGAGCCAACACACUUCAUUACAUCAACAACAAUCAAUUAGUGAAGGAUGGAGAAAUGGUGUUGUUGGAUGGGGGUUGUGAAUAUUUUGGUUACGUCAGUGACAUCACGCGCACUUGGCCGGUGAACGGAAAGUUCAGUUCUGCUCAGAGAGAGCUGUAUGAGGCCGUACUGGAAGUGCAGUUAGCCUGUCUGUCUCAAUGUAAUCCUGGGAUCAGCCUGGACUACAUAUACUCCACCAUGCUCGCUCUGUUGUCCCGACAACUCAAAGAGCUCGGAAUCAUCCCACAAUCCUCCAGUGAUACAGACACAUUGAAGGCUGCUCGGAAAUUUUGUCCCCAUCAUGUGGGCCACUACCUGGGAAUGGACGUUCAUGACACACCUGAGCUGUCCCGUUCACAGCCACUGCAGCAUGGCAUGGUUAUUACUAUAGAACCAGGGUUGUACAUCAGUGAGGACGAAAGCUCAAGUCCAGAGCGCUUCCGAGGUCUCGGGGUGCGAAUCGAGGAUGAUGUGGUGAUCCAAAAUCAGGGGGGGCCCCUCAUCCUUUCUGCACACACCCCAAAAACCAUUGCUGAUGUGGAGAGAGCUUGUGCACAGAGAGAAGACUGAAGGCAUCAGGAGAGGGAACAGCAAAUGUUUCCAGCAUGAGUCUCGGCCCUCCAUUUUCCUAACAUCUCCCAUAGGGUUUUCUUUAAAUGCCUUAGAGUGAAUCCACUUACUGUGGGAGGUCUAUAUUUUACAGAACUUGCUCCAGUUAAGUAUUAAAUCUGGAGAAUUAAGAGCUGGACGAGUCUGGGCAGGGUGCACUGUCUCCCUGAUACCCAGUUCAUUCCUAUGCUAGCAAAUUGGAGGCUCUAGUUUUUUUGGUUCACGUGAUGUAUUUAAAGGAAUAGUUCACCCAAAAAUGAAAAUUCUCUCGUCAUUUACUCAACCUCAUGCCAUCCUAGAUAUGUGCAGAACACAAACAAAUAUUUUUAGAAGAAUAUCUCAGCUCUGUAAGUCAAUACAAUACAGGUGAAUAGUGACCAAAACUUUGAAGCUCCAAAAAGUACAUAAAGGCAGCAUAAAACUCUAAACUCUAGUGGUUUAAUCCAUGUCUUCAGAAGCAAUUAAAUCGGUUUUGGGUGAGCACAGACCAAAAUAUAACUCCUUUUUCACUAUAAAUCUUGACAUCUCCAGUCUUCUUGGUGAUCAUGAUUUCAAGCUCGAUUACACUUCCUAGUGCCAUCUAUUGCUCUGCGCAUGCGUCAAGCACUAGAAAUUGUAAUCAAGUUUAAAAGCAUAAUUGUGCCUAGAAACUACAAUGGCAAUAUGUACAGUGAAAUAGGAUUUACAUUUUGGUCUGUUCUCACCCAAAAUCGAUUGGAUCACUUCAGAAGACUUGAAUUGAACCAUUGGAGUCAUAUGGAUUACUUUUAUGUUGCCUUUUGGAGCUUCAAAGUUUUGGUCACCAUUCACUUACAUUGUAUGGACCUAGAGAGCUUUUCAUUUUUUUCAUUUUUUGGUGAACUAUCACUUUAACUUGCCCUCCUAAGAUCUGAGAUAAAGGCUUAUAGGAGACACUUUGAUUAGGAGGAGACAAUAAUCUAAUGAGCAUGGUAAACAAUUGUGUUUGUGAGACAAUUUAUCUGUUUCACAGAGAGAAGCUUUACUUUUGCUUGAGUGUGAAUUGAGUGUUUUUUCUGCUGUUUUUAUUGUCAUAAAUGGGGAUGUCUUUUUUUCUACCAUUGUCAAAAUAAAUGUCUAAUUCUCUG